AUGGAAUCGUCGGCUUUGGUGAAACAACUGGCAUCAAACUCGCGUGUGGUGCGAGAAGAAGCGUUCGAAUCGCUGCGCAAGUACCUUGCGACUCGGCAGUUCAAAGAGGGCAAACAGUUGCAAUUCGAUAAAUUGUGGAAAGGACUGUAUUUCUCGAUGUGGUUCAGUGACCGUCCGCGGCCGCAGCAGCGGCUCGCGGACUCUUUGGCGGAGUUGCACUUGCUUUAUUUCAGUCCUGCGGACAACAGAGCAGGUCACAAAGCUGCGCUCACUGGCAACGACGCGGCGUUUAUCAAGUUCUCCAAGGCGUUCUGGAGGAUUAUAUGCCUAGAGUGGUACGGUAUCGACCACCACCGGCUCGACAAGUACCUUUUGCUCGUGAGACGGGUGUUGAACGCGCAGCUGCGGUACUUGCAAAGCCGCGAAUGGCAACCGGAACUCGUCACCACCUACAUAUUCGCGGUGCUCCGUAAACUGCCCCUCAGUGGGAGUAAGAAGGUCUACAAUGGUAUCCCAUUCCACAUUAUAGAUAUCCUUUUGGACGAGUGGGAGAAGUUGGUGUUCAAUGAGGACGACCUGUAUGAGGGUGAGGACAACGACGACGAGCAGAACAGUGUUCGCAAGCAGGAGCUGAUCGCUGCCACGCCGUUGAACGAAUUCCUGGAUAUUUUCCAAGAUCUCAGUUCUAAUACCAACAACAUCAAAGUGCUCAGAGACAAGAUCAAAGAAGACAUUUUUGGCGACGCGAGACUCAAGGAGUGGGGAGUGGGGCCCAGUGCCCUGCGCGAGUGUGGCGAGGACGACAACGACGACGAAGACGAAGACGACGAAGAUGAGUGGAACGGCUUCUAA